AUGGAACGUCUUACCCUUCUCCUUGUUUUGCUUUCUUUUGUUUUGAAUAUAAAUGCCCGAGCAUUUCAACCUAGUUUUCUUGAUGCCAGUAAUUCGGAUGAAGAAAUAACUUAUCAAGUCAUUGCAAAUAAACCAUUAAAUAUUAUAUCAUCAGAUGAAGAUGCUCAACAUGAAUAUAAACUUGGUCAAGUUGGUGGUGUUGCUGGUUGUGUUAAAAAUCCUAAUCGAUUAAUUGUUUUUCAUCGAGCAUCAAGAGAAUGGACUCAAGAAUCAUUUCCUGAUGGUCGUAAUUUCGAUACAAAGAAAUUUGGUGCCAUUCCAGAAAAUACAAUUCUUACUAUCAAUACUCGAACUGGUCAAAUCGUUAAUCAAUGGGGAAAUAAUACAUUCUCCAUGCCUCAUGGUCUUUCUAUUGAUACAGAAGGAAAUCUUUGGGUAACCGAUGUUGCAAUGCAUCAAGUUUUCAAAUAUUCAAAAGGUGAACUUGUAUUAACAUUAGGUGAAGCAUUUGUACCUGGUAGUGAUUCAAAACAUUUCUGUAAACCAACUGAUGUUGCUGUAUCAAAUGAUGGUUCAAAUAGCUAUGUUGCUGAUGGAUAUUGUAAUUCUCGUAUUGUGAAACUUGAUUCAAAAGGAAAAUUUGUAAAAGAAUAUACAAUGCCUGAUGAAGAAAAACAACUCGCAAUUCCGCAUAGUAUUAUUCUUAUUGAAUCACUUGGUCUCGUUUGUGUUGCUGAUCGUGAAAAUGGACGAAUUGUUUGUUUUGAUGAUGGAGAAAAUAAUGAAGGUAAUGUUAAAGCUAUUAUUGAUCAUCCAUUAAUGAAAACAGUUUAUGCUAUUACUUAUGAUGCAAAUAAACAUCGUCUUUAUGCAGUCAGUGGUAAAAGUGGAAAAAAUCGAGCAGUUGGUUUUACAUUUGAUGCUCAUCCAGAAUCAUUUGGUGGUUUGAUUGCUACUUGGGAACCAAAUGAGAAAUUUGGUGAACCACAUGAUAUAGCUUUAAGUGUAAGUGGUCAUGCAUUAUUCGUUGGUGAAAUUCGUCCGAAUCGUAUUGAUGUAUUUGAUGUUCUCAAUUAA